CCCUGAUACGAUUUCCUGAGUACCUGUGACAUUGCCUGUCUCUUUCUAAAAUUAUUCUACUGGAGGCAGGAAAUAUCAGGUCUAUUAGUGAAACAGCUCUCUGGCUAUUAGUUUUUAGAGCUUUAAAUAGUCUUAUCUCAAUGGAUGUGUUUGCCCUGUGGCUCAUCUAUCACCCUAAAAUGUUUUAUCAGCACCUGAAAAAUCUCAAUGAGAAGAAUAGCCUCAGAUGUUGCCCAUUCAAGGGGCUUUCAGAUACAGAAUGUAUUUUUUUAAAAAAGGUCUUUUAAGAUCUGAUACUGUUUGCUGGCUUUUCAGCCCUAUUUCAUUGCUCCUGUAGCACCACUUCUAUCAAUACUUCUCACCAACAAAGAAAGGAAAUCACAAUAGAUUAAAAGAAAAUCAGGUUAACAGGCAGCAAUCAUUGUCCAUUCAGCCUCAGACAUUUGUGAAAAUAAAGGAUUAGGAAGAAUUAUUGCCAGGUACUAGCUGUGAAAAAGCCUUUUCUGGCAUCUUUGUCUUCUUUAACAGUCAUUAGAGGUCUAAGAACGGCUCUCAGUUGCAGAAGCCAGCUGUAUUUGAAAUCAGCAGAAGUUACAAUGCUGUGAUAUGUUGCAUUUUUUGUAAAUUUUGUACUAUUUGACAUACUCAGAUUACGAGUGUCUUGUUUUUUUUCUUUUAAAAAUGCUGUUUCUAGUUUGAAAAUGAGUUUGUGUGUGUGUUAUCUUGAGGUCUAAUGGAGAGGAGAUGGAGACAAGGGAUGGGGCAUCGUGGGGUUAUCUUUCUUUGUAUACUCAGUUCCCUGUCUUACCAUCUUCACAAGACCUUAGAGCUUUCAGAGUAGGUGAACCUGUGCCAGAUUUGGCCUGAGUCACUAUGAGGCAUUAUUUUUAGUGAAUCAAAAACCAGAAGAGGAGAAUUAAGCUCACCAAGGUGAGUUUUUUAUGUCCAGGGCCUUUCAGAGACCAGCCUCAGCACCAGAAAAUAACUGUAUUAUUAAGAAAAAGUGUGAUGCAAUAGAGUCAGUUGUAGAAAACAUUUGAAAACAUUCUUUAGUUUUAAAUUUUACCAUGUGUUUGCCAUCUUACGUUCUUCACCAUUAAAGUUGGUGGAAAGCUUCCUCUUACCCUUGAAUGAGCCAGUUGUGUUCUUCUGCAGAAGGAAAUGUGUUCUGAGUUCCAAAGCAGGGAAUAAAAAAGUUGCCUCAGAGAAGGAGAAAAAGAAACUCUCUUUGAAAAGUGACUAGUGGUACUGUGAACAGCUGCUUGCUGGCUCCAGUCUGACGUUUCCCAGGGAGGGUCUCUCGCCUCUGAUGAGUUUCACAGUUUUUCUUUGAACAGGAAACUGCCAUUUUAAAAAAACAUCAUGUUUGGUGAAACUGUAUGGGUUUUGUUUACAGAGAGCAAGGGGUCACAAGCUUGAGUUGGGGUUAUGAACUCUGCAAAGGAUGUGUUGCACUUGUAAGCUUGAUGUUCAUAGUGGGCACAAGCAAGGCUUCAUUUUCAACUGUGAUGAAAGCGACAUUCAGUGACUUACAGUGUUGUUAGCACUAAGUGCUUUGGGACUUACAAACAGCUCAGCAGACAGACAUAACUACUACAGUUAGCCACGGAGGAGCAGCAAGACUGGGGGAAGAGGACACUGUUACAGGGUAACAUUCCCGCUGAUCCAUGGACCCAAGGAAGCAGAAAAUGAGCUGUGGUUGUUGUCAUAAACUUUAUGUGUUAGAGCUACCUCUAAUUCAACCAGAUUGUAAACUAUGUGUAGAACUUGACUGUGCUUUUCAGUUCUCUCUGAAAAGUAUGUUAAUGUGUAGGGAAUUCCUUCUCCUGGGUCCCUGCUGCUGUUUUAAGCUCACUUCCUUCUGCUAAUGCACCACUUCCUUCUGCGUGUUCACCACUGAGAUGUGCAUGGUGAGAGGCAGCAAACAAAGACAAGCAGCAGACAGAAGCAGAUUGCUUGGAGAAUUCCACAUGCCGGGAUCACUGUCAUGGUUUGCAGUUAAAUCUAGAGGGUGCUCUAUAUAUAUAAUCUUAGUAAUCUUUUGCUGAUGUUGAAAUAUUGGAUGUGUACUGUAUUUCCCAGCCAGCAAAGGUCCUCUGGAUGGAAAGGUCUUUUCUGUUAGUUUGUUUCUUGGUUUUUUUUUUGUUAUGGACAAAUGAUUAACUGAAUCAGUUGUGUCAAAGGUUGAGCAAGCUGUAUCACACAGGCACAUCUUGGGUUCAGGCUGGGGCAAAGUCAUUUGAAACAAAAAAUGAGGCAAAAGAGGCAAACAGAAAGCUUUGCACAGCCUAAGUCAUCUUCCCUAACAGUUUGUCCUCCAUGUCUAGAGGGCUGUUAAUCACUAACUGUGUGCUCAGUAACUCUGGGUUAAAAAAUGGGCUGCCUGAAAUACAAUCUUUUAUUUGGAGCAGAUUCCUACAAGGAUUCGGUUAAUGUGCUUCUGUGUGUUAAAUUGUUAUCAUCAAGCUGCCAAACCAGAAAGAUGUCGCAGCCAGUUGCUUAUUUUGCAGAGACAUGGCUUCACAGGCAGAAUAAUGUCAUUUGUAAGGUAACUGUGACACAUUAGGGUGUAGCAUUUGGCCAGGUAACGGCACUGAGGUUGUCAGAUUUGUUUUGUAUUAGUGAAUAUGAUUCAUUUUAUAUAUAGCAUCUAUCAUUCCCAUAAUGAGAAAAUUAAAAUGUAUUUAUUCUUUGUAUCAUCAAAGCACUCAGAGAUUUAUCCCACAUUGAGAGACUGUGCUGCUAAAAGCCAUAGUUGCACACAGAGUGAGGCUGUGUCUUCUUCGAAGAACCUCUUCUUGUCCACCAAGAGGAAGGGUGGGAAAACACAGUGAUAUUCCUCAUUUUGUACAGGGAAACACUAUUCAGAGAACUUUUCUCCAUCUAAGAUGCUCAUUGUAGGUUAAGACUAAUUAGGAAAAUGAAGGGAAAGACUAUUGUGUCCCAGGAAUCGAAAAGAAGGGAGAAGUGGCAGGAUAUGAAGGCUGCCUCAACAAGUAACUAAAGAGACAUUCUGCAGGGUUUUGAAGGUCCUGAUCUGCUUUUGAAAGCCCAGCUGAACUGAUGGGAAUCGACCCGUGGUAAGUUCUCAACCUGGUGGGAUCAUUUAAGAGAGAGAAUGACUCAACAUAGUACCUAGAAAACACCAAAUCAUUUAAUUUAAUACCUGACAGGCUUCCAUGGGCUCAACAGGUACAUGGAGCAGAAAAUCUCUAUGGAGUGGCCCAGCUAGAGCUGGGGCUCUUGUCUUCCCCAGCACCACGAGCCCAAGCCCUGGUGAGAGACAGCAAAGGGCACUCUCGGGAUGAAGGCUUUCCCUGAGGCGUAAGAAUGAGUGCUUAUGCCUCGUGUCUGGCCUUCCUCUGGAAGACAGACAUGAAAAGCAGCAAUAAAUAAAUGAUUUUGCACUCUAUUCCUAGAAAGCCGACUUGAGUUUACUUAUCACUUCCUUCUUGCCAAGACUCAAAUAUGUUUCAUUUGUUGAAAUAUUCAUUUUCCCCAUCCCUUGAAAGGAGCAUUACAAAUGAAAGUGUAAAUUGCUUCCAGACAGAUCUUUGCUUCCUCCCUGCUUGCCUGCGGAAAGCCGUGUGCUAACAACUGCAACGUUUACCUUGUGAACCUGCCAGGUGCUGGGUCAUCUGCUGUUUACAGGGUGGGGAAAAAGCCUCAGUAAUUUAUCUUCUACUACGUGAACAAUUUUCAAACCCCCACUAGCAGAUGGAAUGGGAACAGUGGUGGUUUCGAGUCGCUGAUGGUACCUGGGAGCGAUGAGCACAACACGCACCACGUUCACCCUGUACCCUGUCAAACUGUUGCUGCUUUGUGCUGUACUUGGCAUCCAAACUGCUCGUUGCGUUGGUGGUGAAGAGUCCCUUAACCUCAGUGGCACCAAUGAGAGCGUGGCCAACAGCAGGCACAUCCGAUCCGUGAGUGACCUGCCACAGCCCCGCGACUGCAUGCUCUCCACCUGGUCCUCAUGGAGCAAGUGUGAUCCCUGCCAGAAGAAAAGGUACAGAUUUGCCCACCUGGAACAACCCUCUCAGUUCAAUGGAGAUCCCUGUGAUCACUCUGACAGAGAAACCGAAGACUGUGUUACGAAUAGUCCUUGCAGGAAUAAAGUUAGAUGUGAUGGGUUUGUGUGCUCAGUCACAGGGAGAUGCAUUACACGGAGGCUACUCUGCAAUGGGGACGAUGACUGUGGGGACCAGUCAGAUGAAAAAAACUGCAAAAAGGUGUUUAAAAAGUGUGACCAGAAGAUGGAACAAUACUGGGGAAUAGAGAAUCUGGCAAAAGGGUUAAAUAUUUUCACAAACAACUUGGAAGGAUUAGUUCUUGAUCACAGGUACUAUGCUGGGGCAUGUUCUUCCCAUUAUAUCAUGGACACAAGAUUCAGAAAGCCAUACAAUGUAGAAAGCUAUACACCGGAGACCAAAGGCAAAUAUGAAUUUACAAUGACUGAAUAUGACUCCUACUCAAAUUAUGAAAGCAAUGUCCUGAAGGCAAAGGCUUCACAGUCAAGCUUCAGCUUUGGUAUAAAAAUACCAGGACUGUUUGAGCUCGGUUACAGUUCAAAUGACAACAGGUUCAAGAAGUUCAUUCAGAGGAUGAAAAGAUUUUCUUCAACUUCCAGCAAAUUCAUCCAUGCCCGUUCUGAGCUGGCUGUUGCUGUUUAUAAGCUGAAGCCCCGAGCCCUGAUGCUGCAUUACGAGUUCCUGCAGAGGCUCCGCCAGCUCCCGACAGAGUACAGCUACGGGGAGUACAGGGAGCUCUACAGGGACUACGGGACCCACUACAUCACUGAGGCCACUGUCGGUGGCAUCUACGAAUAUACUUUAGUCAUGAACAGCGACGAACUCCAGAAGGCAGGUUAUUCUCUGAGCGAUGUCCAAAAAUGCACCCAGAAUGGCUUUAACAUUGGUGCAAGUAUUGAUGAGGUCUAUGUGAGGCUUGGAAUAAAUGCAGCUGGCUGUAAAUCCAUUUUAAAAGAGAUUGGAGACAGCACCUCCAAAAAAAAGUAUGUGGAAGAUUUCAUUGCCCUGGUUCGUGGCGGAGCAAGUGAACACAUCACCACGUUGGCCUACAAAAACCUGCCAACAGCUGCACUCAUGCAGGAGUGGGGAGAUGCUGUACAGUACAACCCUGAAAUCAUAAAGCUAAAGGCAGAGCCGCUGUAUCAGCUGGUGACUCCAAAUGACUUUGCCAGUGCAAUCACAAUAAAAGAGAAUCUGCGACGGGCUCUGGAUGAGUUUCAGCUGGAGACCAGUUCCUGUCGCUGUGCUCCAUGCCAGGGCAAUGGCACCCCCUUCCUGCGAGGAACAGAAUGUGAAUGCUUAUGUCCCCUUGGCUACAGCGGCAUCGCUUGUGAGAUCAGCAAGAGAAAAGAUGCUGCUAUUAGUGGAAACUGGGGCUGCUGGGCCAGCUGGUCUCCAUGCUCGGGAGGUCAAAGAACAAGAAGACGACAGUGCAACAACCCUACCCCACAGAAUGGUGGUUCAUCGUGCUCAGGGCCAGACUUGGAGACAGUUAAUUGCUAGAGGGAAUCAUUAGGAACUUACAAAAAAAGUGAUGGGCAUUUGGAAAACUGGUUGGGAAGAUGUCACCUGACUGGCUUUCUGAGUUGGCCUCUCUCUGCUCAUGGGUCUCAUCCAAGUGUACUGAAGUCAGAAACAUUUCAAGACACUGGGAGCUGAGAGUGUGUUAUGAAUCACACCUUUGGACAUGCCUUGCAAUUGUCCCAUGGGAUUGAAUGUGCUUACUGACCUUAAUAUUUUGCCUUUUCCCUGUCUUUAUUGCAAUGGGCUAACUGAGACAAGCUUUAUCUCCUGCCGUAUUUGGUAGCUGCACGAUUUUAAAUUGUACUGUCUUGUUUUUGAAGGUUCCUUUGAGAUAAGAAAAGACUGUUUGAUCUGAAGCGCGGCAGAAUGUGCGCUAAUAUGCAGCUUCUGUGAAGACAGCUGUGUCAUGUGGAGCAAAAUACAGCAUGUUAAAGUCCAAAUCUCAAUGAGCACAACAGUAUCUAAUGUGACAUUUAAAGCCUCUGUGCCUCAAUACCCCAGUUGCCCAAUUUAUUGAAUUUAACUUAAAUUGUCUGUCAUAUGAGAAAUCGUCUUCAAGGAGUGGAAACCAAAUGGUGACACCAAAGCCUUGUGAGACUAUACAGUAGUUUUUCUCCUACCACAGUAGGAGAUGAGCCUCCUCCUUGGCCUUUCUGAGGUAGAAGAGAUACACCAAAUAUCAGAUGCACCCUGGUAUGCUCAGAUACAUCUGUGCUCUGGUUCUUGGGAAGGGGAGGGAAGGACAGCGGGAUGCAGCUGGGAUGGAUGAGGAACUGGAAAGCUGCUGCUUCUGCUGCUUGGGGAUAUUGGAGAGCAGGAGAGAUGGCUACACUUGAUGGAGAGGCUGUAUCUUGACUAGGGAUGUCACUCCAGGAUGCCAGGACCCUCAGCUGGAGCGGGAUGAGCACCAGCAUAAUCAUACAGUCACAGAAGGGUUUGGGUUGGAAGGAACCUUAAAGAUCAUCUCCUUCCAACGCCUCUGCCAUGGGUAGGGACACU